GUUAACAUGUCAUGCGACACACCUGAUCAGAACACUACCAAAAACCCUAGAACAUCUCCUUCACCCUUGCUGUCUCCACUCAGGAUUCCGAGCAGAAGAAAAGAAGCAAGCUUUGGGUUCUACAAUCACCUCUCUCUAUAAUUGAAAUUCAGAAAUGGCGUGUUAGGAUUUCUCUUUCUUAUCUGAAUUCGAAGCCUAAAAUGGGUGUAGCUCAGACUCCAACCUCGUUAAGAUUUACCCUCAGCACUGGAGACAAGUGAAAAUUAAGACACCAGACCAAGAGUCAAAAAAUGUUUCGCCAACGCGUGCAUACAGCCCUUGCUGCUGUGCGUCACUUCUCAGCAGAGGUGGCUACUAUGAAACCCCUGACAACCAUGAAGCCCAUGGCAAUUGUAAAGCCCAAGGCAGUUGUAAAGCCCAAGACAAGUGAUGGCAAUUCCACCUCCAGCGGUCGAGAUACCCUUGGCCGGAGGCUUCUAAGUCUUGUAUAUGCAAAACGUAGUGCAGUCAUAGCAAUACAAAGAUGGAGAGAAGAAGGCCACACGGUUCGAAAGUACGAGCUCAAUCGCAUUGUUCGAGAGCUCCGCAAGCUUAAGCGCUACAAGCAUGCCCUUGAGAUAUGUGAAUGGAUGACAAAGCAACACGAUAUCAAGCUGUUAGCAGGUGACUAUGCUGUCCAUCUGGAUUUGAUUGCAAAAAUUCGUGGUUUAGCUAGUGCGGAAAAGUUUUUUGAAGAUCUUUCAGAUAAGAUGAAAGGUCAGCCCACUUGUACUGCUCUUCUCCACACCUAUGUCCAGAACAAGGUGUCUGAAAAAGCUGAGGCUCUCAUGGAAAAAAUGUCUGAAUGUGGUUUCCUGAAGUGUCCUCUUCCUUAUAACCACAUGAUAUCUUUAUACAUCUCAGAUGGACAAUUAGAGAAGGUUCCAGGAAUGAUUCAGGAGUUAAAAAAGAAUACAUCGCCAGAUGUGGUUUCUUACAAUCUAUGGUUGACUGUAUGUGCUUCACAGAAUGAUGUCGAAACUGCAGAAAAGGUACACCUUGAGAUGAAAAAGGCCAAAAUAGAUCCUGAUUGGGUAACAUAUAGUUCAUUGACCAACUUGUAUAUUAAAAAGGGACUCCUUGACAAGGCAGCCACCACUUUGAACGAGAUGGAGAAAAGGACUUCCCGAAAAGGUCGAAUUGCUUAUUCCUCCCUUAUCAGCUUGCACACAAAUAUGCGAGAUAAAGAUGGUGUUCACCGAAUAUGGAAGAAGCUAAAGUCUAUUUUCCACAAAAUGAAUGAUGCUGAAUAUACUUGCAUGAUAUCCUCACUUGUGAAACUGGGGGAGUUUGAAGAAGCUGAGAAUCUCUAUUCUGAAUGGACAUCAAUUUCUCCAACUGGUGACUCUAGGGUCCCUAAUAUACUUCUUGCAGCUUACAUCAAUAAAAAUGAGAUGGAAAUGGCUGAGAAAUUCUACAAUCAGAUGGUGGAAAGAGGAAUUACUCCUAGUUACACCACUUGGGAGCUGCUUACCUGGGGUUAUUUGAAAAAGAAGCAGAUGGAAAAAGUCUUGGAUUAUUUUGAGAAAGCUGUUGGUAGUGUCAAGAAAUGGAAUCCAGAUGAAAAGUUGGUUAGAGAAGUAUACAAGAACCUUGAAGAGCAAGGCAACAUUGAAGGGGCAGAGAAGGUAUUGGUCAUUCUUCGGAAGGCAGGUCAUGUGAGCACAGAGAUAUACAAUUGGCUUCUAAGAGCUUAUGCAAAGGCUGGUAAAAUGCCAUUAAUAGUUGCAGAGUGGAUGAAGAAGGACAAGGUUGAGAUGGAUGAUGAGACUCAUAGGCUUAUCAAAGAAACUAGCAAAAUGUGUGUGAGUGAAGUUUCAAGCAAAUUUUGUUUAGCUUAGAAGGGAGUGAUCUUUGAGAUGGAUGAAAGAGUUGGAACUCUUUUGGGAACUUGGAGCACAUCAAGUAUACUCUUCAACAGCAUGGCAUUUGACUUUGAUUUGAUUUUGUAUCUCAUAAAAAUCUUUACUCUGGCCAUUCUGCAGCAUACCUCCAUGAACAAAAACAAUCUCCCAUUUGAUAUCCCAAAGUUGCAACUGAAUCUGUCCUCACAAAAGUUGUGCAGUUGAAGGUGCAGUGAGACUAUGGCUGCCAUUGUCCAAUCUAUCUUCAAUUUCAGGGACCCUUUUCAAUGAUUUGGAAUUGGCAGAUCCAUGAUCAUUGAUCUGCACCCUGUUUGCGAUGUCAGAACCUGUAAGGUCCCCCUCUUGCUCUGGCUGGAAGAUUGCAUUCUUUAUCAUAUGAAUUCAAUUAUGUGAUUACAGUAGUUAUGUUAUCCUACUUCCCACAUUGGUUUUGCUUCAUUGAUGCCUUUGAUUUUCUGGGUUUCGAAGAAUGGAAGUGUAGCAGAGGUGGGUGGGUACAAUUCAACAGAGGUGACUAGGAAAUCUUAAGAAGUAGGGUUUGUUUUCAAAUUUCUAGUUGCUUUGUUCCUCCCUUGGCUAGCUAGCAUGUUGCUUGAUCAGGAAAUGAAGAGAAGGAACAUCUCACUUCAGUA